AUGACAUCCUGCUCCUGCAGACAAACAGAGAUCGGACUGAGGAAAGAUGAGUGGGAACCCUCCAAGAACGCUCAGGUUUCUGGGCAAUAUGAAAAGAUUUGUCCAGGGCAUUCAGCUCUGACAGAGUUUCCCAUGUUCGGCAUUGCAGCGGAAUGGGAUGUUGACCCUGUGACGAUGACGGCGGGCAAACGUAUCACGGGUGCUGCGAUGACUCGAACGUACUUCAUCUUCCUGCUGAUGAGUAACGCUGCUUCAGUCUCCACACAGUUCAAUGGAUACAACUGUGACGCCAACUACCACAGCAGGUUUCCUGGCGAGCGGGACAUCAGUGUGUACUGCGGGGUCCAGACCAUCACCUUAAAGAUCAACUUCUGCCCGGUGCUUUUCUCUGGCUACACGGACGCAGACUUGGCUCUGAACGGUCACCACGGUGACACCCAGUGCCGUGGCUUCGUGAACAACAACACCUUCCCCACGGCGGUCCUGUUCAGCAUCAGCCUCAGCACUCUGGAGGCCUGUGGCAACAGCCUGGUGGUGAGCACAGCCUAUGGGGCCAAUGCCUAUGGGAACAUGUCUCUGGUACAAAUUGGGAACAUCUCAGGCUUUAUCGACACCCCUGACCCGCCAGCUAUAAUCAGCUACCUGCCCAGCUUGUUGUAUAAAUUCAGCUGCAGCUACCCACUGGAGUACCUGGUCAAUAACUCACAGCUGGCGUCCUCCUCUGCUGCUGUAUCUGUCAAGGACAGCAACGGCACAUUUGUGAGCACGCUGAGUAUGAUCCUGUACAAUGAUUCAACAUACAAUCAGCCUCUGUCUAUUCCAAUGGCCGGACUGGCUCUGAAAACCAGAGUAUUUGCUGCUGUCAAAGCCACAAACUUAGACAAAAGGUGGAACAUCUUGAUGGACUACUGUUACACAACCCCCUCAGGGAAUCCUAAUGAUGAGCUCCGCUAUGACCUUUUCUUUGGCUGCUAUAAGGACCCGCAGACGACAGUUUUCGAGAAUGGGAAGAGUCAGAUGGGGCGUUUUUCCUUUGAAGUUUUCCGUUUUGUCAAACACAGAAACCAGAAGAUGUCGACUGUGUUUUUGCACUGCGUCACCAAGCUUUGUCGGGCCGACGACUGCAUCAUGCUCAUGCCAAUUUGUGGGCGGCGGCGCAGGCGAGAUGGAGAGGAGAGUCCCGUGUCCCCACCAGCAGCAUCUGGGAACGCAGUUAUCACUGCAGGACCAAUCAUCACCAGGAGUGAUGAAACUCCUGCCAACAACUCCAAGAUUGCAUCCGGAGACUCCUCCCAGCCAAUGAACCCAGUGACCAGUGCUCUGAUCUCAGGCGUGGUCAUCCUGGGCGGGGUCAGUGUGGGCUUCUUCCUGCUGUCACUUCACCUCCUGCAGAAGUCCCGCCUCCCACUGAGCUCGACCUCAGGUGUUUGGAACCCCAGCUUUAAAUGAACUAACACUGUUCACAGUAACAUCUUUGGGUAAUUCUUUCUACUACAGCCCGUGAUUUACAGGGUGAUUUCGCUGUUUUGGGUUCAGGGUCAAGUUCUUGUGACAUGCUUAUUAGUUGCUAACUGAUACUUGAUUAUAGGUUACGUGGAAGAAAACAUGACAAUGAGGAACAAGGGAGUAAUAUAAUAUACAAUGAGAUCAAUAAAGUUCCAUUUGAAAAGUGUUCUCAGACUUUGGGCUUUUGGCCUCAGACACAUACACAUGACACAAAUGUAUGAUUGUGUCCAUAGAACAAACUUGUUUCCUAAAAAACACAAAGAGCUGAACAUAGUUUAAAGCAUUUAAACAAUACAUACAGGUGUGACAUCCACAAAUGAUUAGAUAUACUGUAACAGUAUUGAUAAUAUGCACUAAGUAGUAAAACUGGGAAAUUUUAGAGGAAAGGAGAAAUUGAUUAUAUUCUUACCAAUAGAAGUUACAGUAAUGGGAGAUGAGAUGAUGAAGUUUGGGACAACCUUACAUUUACUGU